CUGGGAAUUCAUCACAAAAAUCGAAUAUCGUCCCGAAAGCUUACUAUAAAAACCGCUGGCUGCACGAGUGGAAGACGUCAGUUGUACAACUGUUUCGAAUCGCUUCACAGCUCCUACAACAUGAAGUGCAUUGUCUUUGCUGCCCUGAUUGCAGUCGUGGCUGCUGGAACUUACAAGGCCGCUGAUUACGCUCCUAAAUACGCGGCGGCCGUCGAAGAAGAUUACAAACAAGAGAAGCAACCCUACAGUUUUACGUGGGACGUCAAGGAUGAGGACACUUACAACGAUUUCGUGCACUCCGAGAAGAGCGAUGGUAAAGUAAUCAGCGGAUCUUAUCGCGUUGAACUGCCCGACGGUCGUACGCAGAUCGUCAACUACAGAGCCGAUGAGAAUGGCAAUGUUGCUGACGUCACCUACGAAGGCGAAGCACAGUACCCCGAUGAGAAGGAGUACAAACCUGCCACUUACGAAGCCCCAGCUUACCCCGCACCAGCCUACAAAGCCCCAGCUUACCCCGCACCAGCCUACAAGGCUCCGGCUUACCCCACACCGGCCUACAAGGCUCCGGCCUACUCCGCACCGGCCUACAAGGCUCCAGCCUACCCCGCACCAGCCUACAAGGCCCCGGCUUACUCCGCACCGGCCUACAAGGCUCCAGCUUACUCUGCACCGGCCUACAAAGCUCCAGCUUACUCUGCUCCGGAAUACAAGGCUCCAGCUUACCCCGUUACGGAAUACAAGGCUCCCGAGUACGAGGCCCCCACUUACUCCGAUGCGGAAUACAAGGCUGCCGCCUCGUACGCUGCACCGAUUUUCAGGUCCGCCUACAAAGCCCCGGCUUAUCCAACGUACUCUGAGUAUUAAUCGUCUGUCGUCUGAUUCGUGGCCUAUUCAUUGCCCAUAUUUAAUUUGAAAAACACAAGAGAAAAUUAUUUAUACGGAAUAAUUUAUAUGAUGCCAGGCAAAAGCCACGACUGCCUGAUUUAAAGAUGUACGUAUAUUCAUGUACAAAUGCAGAUUCAAAACAAGAACAUAACCAAAUAUCAGACGUGUGUUCUCCCUCCCCGUCAGCAUGUGACCGUCGAUGGUCUUUUUCACGCUAUUGCUCAUCGAUUUUUAAAUAUAAAGACGUGAAAAUUGU